AAUAAAAACGCCAUGACUGACCCUCUCAACCCAACGCGUCUGCAAAAUCAUCCCGCUCUUGCAAGAAUUAUUGAAAGCGGGCGGACAAAUUUGCCAACCGGAAUAACUACCAGUGGAGCACUUUCUGCAUAUGCUCAAAAUGCGGCUGCUAUCAUCAGAGACAAUCGUGAAAGGGAGAAGGUUGAAAUUGCAGAUUUGAAUAACCGAUUGGCACGAUAUGUAGAGAAGGUGCGCUUCCUUGAAGCACAAAAUCGAGUUCUUGAAAACGACAUUGGUGUUUUCCGUAAUGCAGCACACACACAUUCGGAACGAAUUGCUGUCUAUUUUGAAUCCGAAAAAGCCUCGCUUUUCACUUUGGUCCGUGAAAACAAAGCUAAGAUCUCGACGGCUGAGCAAAAUAUCAGAAAACUGGAGCCAGAUGUGAUUUCUGCAAAGAAAAAUUUGGAAAGCUCUUUCCAGCUGAGAGUUCAAACAAGAGAAGACAAAAGAAGUCAAAUGAAAAUUUUGUCAAACCUGGAGGCAGAGAAUUCUUACAUCAAACGUCUCACAACUGACUGUGAAGAAGAAAAAAGCCGUGUCCACUCUGAAAUUUCGCGUCUCCGAAGUGAUAUCAAACGAGUGCAUGCACUGCGAGACAAAGAACGCAGCAAGCACUCAAGUUCGUCUCAAGAGUUAUUGAAGCGUCUUAACGGGUGCAUUUCACAACACGACAUUGCCAUUCGAGAGGAAAUUAGCAAGGCUAGACGUGACACAACAAACAAGAACAGGGACUAUUUCCACAAUGAGCUGCACGCGGCGAUGAAAGAGAUUCGAGACCGAUUCGAGAAGGAUUCACGUGCCGCCAGAAAGACAUGGGAGGAUUGGUAUCACAAAAAGAUCACGGAAAUCAAGAAGGGAUCCGAAAGCUAUAGCUCAAUACAAAACCAGGCAAGAGAAGAGAUUCUUCGAAUUAGGUCGAUUGUCAACGAGUUCCGAGGAAAGCUUUCAGAUUCUGAAACUAUCAAUCAACAACUUAUCAAACGAAUCGACGACUUGCACUUCCAAGACAAGGAAAAUCUAAGAUUGUUCGAAAUUGCACUCAAUGAAAAAGAAAAUCUAGUAAUUAAAAUGAGAGAGGAAUGCACAAAACUUUCAGUGGAACUUGACAAAUUAGUAGAGAACCAGAUCAACUUGCGAAACGAAAUCAACCAUUACCGCAAACUAAUGGAAAACGCUGAGCACCUCCGUACCACAGUUCAAACCCACGUGACCUAUAAUGCUCCACCGCCACCCUUGCCACAGUCAGGCCCUAGAACAACUUCCUACCACGCCUAUGGUUCGGCAUACAACGAUUCCUUAUUGUAACAACUUCGAUUGUCAUGUUUUUGUUAAUUUUGAGUAUUGUAAUUUCACAAUUUCAAACCACCCAUGUUCAAAUGUACGGCUUGAACUUGCAAAAGUUUGAAGAAUUUAUUUUUCUCAAUUUUCAUGUUAUUUAUAUGUUUUAUGAAUUAACGAAUAAAAUGUUUUAUUU